CCUGCAGAUGGUGCCUUCGCUCGCUCGCUCGCUCGCGCGCCCGCCCCGCUCCGCCUCGCACUCGCCCGAGCGCGAGCGCACCGACGCGUCUCCGAAGUGUGCGCUCCCGUGAGCUCAUGUCAUUCCUCCCUCUCCGCUCCGUCAUCUCUCACACACAGGAUUGCGCUCUCCGUUUUAAUUCAGGCUGCCGCCACUGAAUAAGACACUGCGCGUGGGAGCAAACCGGUGCGCUUUUUGGAAACGGGAGGCUUCGCUUUGGACGCGUUUAUCCGCUGCUCUUCGCCCUUGGAUUUGAUUCGCACACCACACUUCUUUCUUCUGUCCAGAAUGGGUUUUGUCGUGCCGGUGCUUCUGUGCGCUCUCGCCGGGCUGGUGUUCGGGGACAGUAAACCCAAGACAUGCUCGGACAUCAGGCACUUCUACAACAACAAUGGGUUCAAUCUGAACGGAGUCCCGCAAACAGUAAUAUCUGGUGAGCACCUGCGGGUUUGUUCUCAGGGUUACACCUGCUGCACGUCUGGGAUGGAGGAGAACCUUCUGAACCUGAGCCGACGAGAGAUUGAGACUCAGGUGAAGGAGUCUGGACGUACCUUACAGGCCUCUCUCAACGGCCAGUAUAAGAGCUUCGACGAUUAUUUCUUGGAGCUAUUGAAUCGUUCUGAAGCAUCGCUCCAAACCUCUUUCCAGACUGGGUUUGGACCUCUCUUCUCCCAAAUCGCGAAGGUGUUUCAGGAUCUGUACUCAGACCUUCGGCGCUACUACCGAGGGUCCAACGUCAAUCUCGAAGAGGCGCUGAACGAAUUCUGGGCCCGUCUGCUGGAAAGACUCUUUAAAGCUUUAAACCCUCAGUACAUUAUUGGAGAGGAGUAUCUGGAGUGCGUAGCCAAGCAGUCAGAAAGUCAGAAGCCGUUUGGAGACACGCCGAGAGAGCUCAAGACCAAAGUCACACGCACGGUUAUCGCUGCCAGAACGUUUGCGCAGGGUCUGGUGAUCAGCGGCGAAGCGGUCAGGAAGGUUUCACAGGUGUCUCUGAGCACUGAAUGUGUGCACUCCGUCAUGAAGAUGGCAUACUGUCCUCACUGUAGUGGUGUGGCUUUGGCCAAGCCCUGCCCAAACUACUGUAAGAAUGUCAUGAAGGGCUGCCUCGCCAAUCAAGCAGACCUGGACUCUGAGUGGAGGAACUUAGCAGAUGCUAUGCUGGAAGUAGUUGACAAACUGAGCCGGCCUUACAGUGUGGAUUCGGUGGUUCUAUCUUUGCCAAAACGCAUUGCUGAAGCGAUUCUCUACAUGCAAGACAACCUCAACACGUUCAACAAUAAGGUGUUUCAGGCAUGUGGUUCUCCUACUCAGACCUCCAAAACUGAGGAUCAGAUCAAACGAGGUAGAAAUACAGCAGAAGAAGUGAGCGGCACCCCAGGAGCCCAACUGGAGAAAGUGUUAUCCGAUGUGUCCAGAAUGUUGAGGGAUAUCAUGCAGUACUGGGUCCAUUUGCCCAGAAAACUGUGUGUGGAUCGCGAGUCUGCACCGAGUGAAGCAGACAGAUGUUGGAACGGAAUGAGCGUGGACAGGUAUCUGCCAGAAGUGAUGGGAGACGGACUGGCCAGUCAGAUCAAUAAUCCUGAGGUGGAGAUUGACAUUACCAAACCAGACAUGACUGUACGCAAACAGAUCAUGCAGCUUAAGAUAAUGAUCAACCGACUGAAGUACGCCAUCAAUGGAAAUGAUGUGGACUUCCAGGACACCAGUGAUGAUAUCAGCGGCUCAGGAAGUGGAAUGUGUGCCGACGAUCAGUGUUCCCGUGAUCCACGUUUAACGGCCUCAAACGUGGACAAACCCAAUGUAUACGCCUAUCCGUCAGAGAACAAGAAGGUGGUGAACGGAAGAAGCAGCCAGAACCUUCCUUGCGUCAGCCUCUACCUUCUCUCAUUGGUCACAGUCUUGCUUAGGCGAUAAUUGGCAGGCAAUUCCACCAACUGGGACUGAGUACAGGACUGGGUUGGAUUGUGGAGGGGCGGGGUUAGUCACUUUGCCAAAACAAACAUGCAAACAUCAACCGAAACCGGCGAAUGCAUCACUUUUUUGUCUUGAAUAAGAACACCAUGGAAUAUUCUUAGAUCUGUGUACUUUUUUUCGUCUCUUAUUUGAUAUAUGACACCCCUAGAGCUGGUCUUUUUGCUUGUCUUUAUGUCUGUGGUGAAAAAGGUCUCCGAGAAUGCGCCAAUCUCUAACGAUAGCUAUGAAAAUCCACCCCAACAAACAAAACAUGCUGGUUUUUCCUUAUUCAGAAAUCAUUUUAGGUUAUAUUUAUUUAUUAAUUGAGACCCAUAAAGAUAAGACGUCUCUGGCCAUUCAAGCUAGGGAAUCUCCGUCAACAUUCGAUCAAAGUGAAGAAACUGAAAGAACCCCGUGUUCUUCUUAUCUUUGUUUUAAAGCCUCUCUAAUCAUGAAAACAAGCUUUUUUUGAGUCUUGUUUCGUGAAGACCAGCUGUCUCUCGCUCUCUCUGUCUACUUCUCUCUCUCGUUUAUUGUACUAGUUUCCGCACUCUGCUUUGCAAAUGGGUUUCAGGGGCCAUUUUAAAGAAAACACAACAUGUAUUUACUCUGGAUGUAAAUAAACGUGUACUAACCACAGUCACAUUUUCAGUAUAUCCUUGAGGACCCUCAACAGCACUAGAGCAAUAUUUGGGAUAUAACGUUAAUGCACCAGCAAUGAGAAAGAGACGGCAGCGUUUUAUGAAACGAUGUGGGACAGAUAAUAUAAUGACCGUCAUCUCAGAAAGGGAUUUUGCACGUGGGAAAAGACAAGCCGGGAGAAUGAGACUCGAAAUGUGGAGGGGUUUCUGGACAUUGUUAAUUUGAUAUCGAUUCAAACCUCGUAGGGAUGUGUGUGUGUGUUUGUGUUAUGUGUGAGUGCACUUCAGAGAAAGCGCUGCUUUGUAAGUACUCACUAUACAAAUAUACACGUGUACUUGAUACAUGCUGCAUCCACGUCAGAUCUGAUUAGUUCAGUGAGUCACAGAUGUGCGUCUCAAAUAUUUCCCAGCCCUUCAUUAGCAGACAAGUUGGAUUGUUUAUGGUACGCACAUGUGGAUGUGAAACGGUGUUGCGUAAAUUUUACCAACAAAAUGCUGUCGGUUUUAGAUGACAAUUGCACUCUAUGCAAGUAUGUAAACGCAAAUAAUAUAAGCAUGCGUACUAAUAUUUUGUGUCUAUGUCGCGAUAGCACAACUUCCUCAAGGGGGCAACCAUCAAAUGUUUGCAAUAUUGAAUCUAAUUUGCUGUAGCUAUAAACAUGCUAAUUGUUGGACUAGCUUGCGAAGCUAAACAGCAUGCAUUCCUCUCAUAUUUGUGUUACAUUAUGAAAUACACCUAAUUUCCAACAUCCCCAUGACCUUACACUGUAAAAGUGGUUUGGAGAAUCGAUUGGAAGGUUGAAAUAAUGUAAGCGCGCGUACUAAUGUGCAUUUUAGCGUUAUGUAACGAUAACGCAACUUAGCACGUCAACGAGGUGAUCGAGUUAACAUCAAAAGUUUGCAUCAUUAAAUCAAAUGUUGUUGUUUAGGUAGAUAUAGCUGUAAACGUGUUCGCCGUUGGACUAACUUGAACUAGCUUGCUAAGCUAAAUUCAUUUGUUCAAAUGUAAUUCGUGCUUGUAACUGUCGAUAGGUAAAAUGUUUGCUAAAACUUACCCGAUACCCUCAAUAGUGCACCUUUCAUACUCAUGUUACAUUAUAAACACUGAAGCUAAUUUCCAGCAUUCCCGGUGACCCUAGAGUGGAUACGAGUUUGGAGAAUGGACGGAUUUAGGCUCGUUUCACAACGCAGUGUAAAAUCAAGCAUUUGCGUUCUCUUACUUGCAUAGAGUUUCAGACCUAGGAGAGAGAAAAGAGCUUAAUUUGUUGCUCUUUUUAAAAAAACGUAGCAUUUGUAGGGAAGUGGUGUAACGGAUUAUGGUUGCCAUUGGCUUUGCAGAGAAAGUGCUGCAGUUUCGGUCACUAUAAGUGGCGUACAGAUCUGACCUGGUCUUCGAAAUGGAGAACAACAUCCCCUCCUUGCACUUUGCAUGACGCACGCGGCAACGUCCGCAUGACUACAUCACAUGAUCAGUGGUUGAUAACAGAGAAAUAUCCCACAGGCGGUGUUAUGGAUUGUUUGUUGAUCGACUGGAUCAGAUGUGGUUGAAAAAACAGACCCGUGGCACAAUUCACUAACUAUCUGUAGAGCGAUCUGACCUGAGUCUUAACUGUCUUUAGCAUGUUUGUCAAAUCAUUGACAGUUAGUAGUCUGACCCCAGGUCAGCUUAACAGUCCCACUUCUAGGUGCAAUGGUGUAACGGUGAAACUGUCACUGGCUCUUUACUGAUGAAUGUGGCUGAUAUUGUCAAAAUGUACUGAGAUGAAAAAAUUUAAUUGCAUUCUGGUAUAUACUUUAUUAUUUUUGUUUGUUUGUUUAAAAAAAACAAAAACAAUAAUGGGGAGUUUGUGUUUAAGGUCGAAAGUAGAACAUUUUGAAGAGACUGAGGAAAUUAUCUGUCCAUUGUUGUUGUAUGUUCUUUAAAAAGAAAGAGAAAAUCCCUUGUGUCAAUUAUAGAUCAAAAGAUUUUGAAAA